GAGCGGUUUUGAAAGCUUUCACGGGUUAGAAAGGUUGAAUGGUGGGAUUCCGGCCAACGUGAGCUACUGCUAGUAAGGCUUUAUAAAGUAAGAAGCCUGUGGCUGCUGACCACUCUCGGAGCGUCAUGCCAGAGCCUUCCCUAACCACCCUAAAGCGUUCCCGAGAGGCGUCCUCCUCCUCCCCAUGGACCGACGAGCAACACAUGACGAGUCUCUCAGAAGCGGGGUGGAUGAUGAGAUGGAAAGAGGGGAAGGACGCGUGGAUGGCGGAACGAGUGGGAUGGCAGCAAGCUGAGCACCACACGCAACUGGCGACUAAAGAUAUGUCGCCCACUAAGACCGGGUUGUUUCUCGUCCCAAUACGCGUCGAGCAGAAACGGCGCUGGCGGGACAGAUGGCGAGGACGCGCAACUGGGAGACAUCGUGAUGCAUCACCGCAGCUACUCGUAUCCAGAGCCGCUUCCGUACUGGUGUAGCUUCGAAUCGGACUUGACCCGUGAAUGGCGC